GGUUCUUUUUAAACUUUGGGUCUGGCUCAGCCUAAUGAAUGAGAUCUCCAAUUCUGUAUUCAAAUUGACUUAUUUGAAUUCCAUGUUGUACUAUGCAUGUAGUCAUGCCUGACUCACUUCACAUCUCUGAGCCUCAGCUCCUUUCUCUAUAAAAUUCAGACAAUAACAGUACUUACUCCAUAGGGUCGUGUGUAGAUUAAACAAGACAAUCAAUACAUGUAAAACCUAGCAGCCCAAUGCCUUGGAAUGGCAAACCCUCAAUAAACAUUAUUACUAUUACUGAUGUUGGUUUUGUACUCUGAGUAGUCAUCACUGUAAAGUAGAAAGGGUAGAUUUCUCUAUCAGAGAUCAUGCCUUUCAUUUACAUACAUUCAUUUAUUUAUUCCAUGAAGAUUUGGAUGCGAACUAGUUCCAGACACCGUGCUAGGCAUGGCCUGCCUACACAAAUACUAAUAAGUAUGCUUGCCUUCAAGGAGCUCACCAUGCCAAGCAAACAAGUGAUUCAAAUUCGUAUUAGCACAUGGGAGAAUGGAUAGACAUAUGCCCAUAAGCUAUGGGAAGAAAAGGGAAAAGAUCUAAGUCACAGGCGGUGGGGAGAAAAUGAUGCCCAUUUCUCUGAACCAAGAGUCAAAGGAUGAGUACAUGCAUAUGCAUUUGCCCUUCCAAUACCACUGAGGCAGCCACGUCUGGUUCAUUAGCCCUAUUUUAAAGACGAAGAAACAGAAGUUUGGAGUAAGCAGAAGAUCCAGUGUGCAAAAUCUAAGAUCUGCCCCUGGUUGGCGAUAUGGUCCCUAAGCUUGUGGAAUUAAAUAAGGCAAAAUGUCCCUAAAGGACAGAAACUUGAAAAAAAAUUGUUUUUGUUAAUGGUCUCAACUGGGACACUCAAUACUGCACACUCAGCUCAGCCCCAGUGUCUGAGAUACUCAAGGGAAUAGGUCUUAAUCCCAUAGCCCUCAAAAAUAAAUCCCCCAUUUAUUAGCCAAAACAAAAACAUCACCUUGAAGCAAAUGUAGAAAGAGAUAUUAGACCGUAAAUAUUACUUUGUUAGAAAUGUAACUCUUGGUAUAUUUUUCUAAGCAGACAUUCACUAUAGUGUCUGGAAGGACAAUCCAUGCCUGGAAGUUGGAAAAAUACACCAGGAAUUUUACCUUUGGUUCUUUGCAGACUUCAGAAAAUCCUCCUCCAGAAACUCAAAAGUGGGAACAGUAGCAGGAGCUGCUGAAGGGAUUUGGUGCACAACACAAGUUUCAGUAUGCUCUCUUCGUUGUAUUUCUGGUCAUCUAUGUGACCUCUAUGGUGGGUAAUAUCGGAAUGAUUCUGCUCAUCAAGACAGAUUCCAGACUUCGAACACCCAUGUACUUCUUCCUACAACAUUUGGCUUUUGUUGAUAUCUGCUAUACCUCUGCUAUCACUCCCAAGAUGCUGCAGAACUUCAUAGUAGGAAAUAUAUCAAUAUCAUUCAGGGGCUGUGUUACGCAAUUACUGGUUUACGCAACAUUCGCAACCAGUGACUGUUACCUCCUGGCAGCUAUGGCAGUGGACCGUUAUGUGGCCAUCUGUAACCCACUUCACUAUCCCAUUGUCAUGUCCCGAAGAGUCUGCAUCCAUUUGGUAGCUGGCUCAUAUGUCAUGGGCUCCAUAAACGCUUCUGUGCACACAGGUUUUACAUUUUCAUUGUCUUUCUGCAAGUCCAAUGCCAUCAAUCACUUUUUUUGUGAUGUUCCACCAAUCCUCGCCCUUUCAUGCUCCAACACUGACAUCAACAUUAGGCUACUUGCUGUCUUUGUGGGAUUUAACUUGAUGUCCACUGUGCUGGUUGUCAUCUUUUCCUACAUCUCUAUCAUGGUUGCCAUCCUAAAGAUGUCUUCUACCACCGGGAGGAAAAAAGCCUUCUCCACGUGUGCCUCCCACCUGACAACAGUCACCAUUUUCUAUGGGACCCUAUCAUACAUGUACCUACAGCCUCAUUCUAGCAAUUUCCAGGAGAAUAUGAAAGUGGCUUCUAUAUGUUAUGGCAUUAUGAUUCCCAUGUUGAACCCCCUGAUCUAUAGUUUGAGGAAUAAGGAAGUAAAGGAAGCUCUAAAAGUGAUGGGGAAAAAGAUCCUCUAGAUUGGACCCCAAUUCAGCACAUCAAGGCAUCCAGUAGAGAUGUUUGACCACCAUGUAAUGUUUCUGAAAUUGGAAACACAUUCACAACUUAAAACAAUGCUACCUCUUUAAAUAGAUAAGUUCUUAGAAUGUGGAAAAUAUCUAAACAUUUCAUGGGACUAAUUUUCUCUUAAGUAUAGUUUGAGGAACAUAUUUCAUACUACCCAUGAAGAAGGGCUUUAUUUAAAUUAUUUAAAAUAUUAAGAAGUGUGUAUGGACUUUGCAAAAUACUUAGUUGUUUCAAAUAUUUUGGCUAUGUUCUUAAAGUCCAAAAAACUCCAAUGCUGUAUAUAAUUAAUUUUAAAACUGAAGUUCAUUAUUCCCCAUUCAUUUUAUCAAGUUCUCUAACUUGUCUACAAAGAGGCUUCACAUAUGUUCUGCUCUAAUUAUUGCAUAAAUCAAAAUAUAAAAUUAACUGAUUUGAAAACACCGUAUGUCUUAGGCUAUUAUGCUUUCUACCUGAUAAUCCCCUAUUAGUUACAUUCUCUAGUACUUAAAAACACAUUUUUAUAUGAUGUUAUGAUUUA